GUCCGCAGCCCUAAAUUUUCUCCCUUUCAAUUGUUUUCUCUGGUUUGGUUGUCUGUCUUACGUCGUGCACCCUUCUCUUUUUUUCUAUUCUCGUUCGUUCUCGUGCUUCGCGACUAUGGCUGAGGAAAUGUACGAUGGUGUGAUUCCGGCUACUGAGAAUAGCAACUGCAAGUGUGGAAAGAAGGCGAAGAUGCUGGUUUCCUGGUCAGAAAAGAACCCCGGGAGGCGAUUUUUCCGGUGUGAGGGGAACAAGUGCUCGUAUUUCAUGUGGCAUGAUGAAGAGUAUGCUCACCACAUCAAAACAAUGCUGAAUCAUCUGAAACGUCAAGAAACAAACUUGUCCAAGGAGGGGGAAUAUCUGAGGGGUGAAGUUUUUCGUCUGAAGUACCUAAUGGACCAUGCUAGUUCCCUUGAUGCUAUCGAGAUGGAGAAGAACCUGAAGGAAGUCAAAGCUGAGAAAGCCAAUUUGGAGGGCAAAGUGGCUGAAUUGAACAAAGAGUUGAACAUGGAGCUGAAAAAAAAAUUAGGGGAGAUGCAGCAGUAUGAGAAGGAGAUCCAGUCUGUGAAGAAGCAGAAGGAGCUGAGCAAUUAUCUUGUCACUGCUGUGGCUGUGUUGCUGAUUGCCUUUGUUAUUAUGAUGAAAUUUUAAUUAAAGCUGUUAAGCUUGCUACUCUUAACUAUUAG